AUGUUCUGCACGUUCCCAGUAUCGGAUACCUUGCAUCAUGAUAAUGAACAGAAAACGCAACCAUCCCCGCCAAAUUCGACUCUGCCGAGGCGACGGCAGGUCUGGAGAGCGUGUGACUGGUGCCGUGUGAACAGGAUUAGGUGCGACAUAAGCGUCCCUUGCCGAAAUUGCCUGAAUAGAGGUAGACAAUGCAGCAACCGCGGCGAGAUUCGGAAUUUGCCUCAAGCUUAUGAGGAAAUUGAACGACUGAGGCUACGAGUUCGAGACCUAGAAGCGGCCAACGCGGCUAAUUCUUCUGUGAAUAUGAGCCUGCCUGCAUCAAGCCCUAACAACCAGAACUCGAUAGAAUGUGGAUGCCCGGACGAUUCCAAAAAGCCCUGGCAAGGCGUGUACUCAAGGGAUCCGCGAACGCAGCAGGUUUCAUACUACGGCCCAUCUUCGACCUUAUAUUUCUUGAGCAGGAUAAGUUCCUUUCUCGGAAGGGAGCUACAACAACACCAAGGUUGUGAGGAGCUCCAACCAACCUCGGCGAGCAAGAUCCUUGCGCGUCCAGAAACAUCAGACGAUCUUGCAGCAGAGGGAUUAGCUUCACAGAGUCUCUUGCACACGGCGAAUGAACGUGCCUCUUUGCCUCGUGCCCAGGAAGAGUCUUUCCUGAGCCUUUUCUGGCAAUUCCAUUUCUGCACCUUGCCCAUUAUUGAUCAGGAAGAGUUCUUGAACCACUACCAGUCACUCUGGAAAGUUUCAAAUAUCCGCAGGAAACCCUCUGCACUCGCUGAUAUCAUGCUCGCCCUUUGUAUGCAAUACGGGCAUGGUCUGAUGUCAGGGGCCAGUCCUAAUUCCAACAAAACUACUGAUGCCGCCGAAUCUACCAUUGCGGGACGAUGGUAUUAUCAUCGAUGCCAAGCAUUGUUGGCCAACGAGUUUGAUGCUCCCUCCAUCACAACCGUGCAAUGCCACAUAUUAACCGUUGUUUAUCUGUAUUUUGCGUCCUUUCAGAACAUGGCCUACAUUACCAUGUCUUUGGCCGUACGGUCUGCCCAAACUCUCGGUCUCCAUCUAGAGCCUCCUCUAGAGAUUCCUUCUAAGGAACGUGACUUGCGCAAGAGAAUCUGGUGGGUGUUGUCGAUGGUGGAUACUAAGAUUUGCAUGAAGCUUGGAAGACCUUUCUCAUUCGCUACAGAUGAAGUCAGCUGUUCAGUGCUCGCCAAUACUACCGAGACUGUGACAUCGCUUGAUUCUAUGCUUGGGACCAGCGAGACAGGACUCACAUGGUUGACAUACAUAGUACACUGUCAAGAAUUGGUUGCUAUAAUACGCGAAAUCCACGAAUCACUUUAUUCCAAAUUCUCGGUGGUCCUUGCACAAGGAGAAAUCAAUAUUCCCUAUGAAAACCCUAGUUUAUUGGAGGUCUGUGCUGAGUUUUUGGCGGCAAAGAUGGAAGCAACGGAGUCCUGGAUAAGUCGUGUGCCAUCGCGAAUAAAAACAGAACGAAGGGGAGACGGGCGGUCAUUCUCUAUUGAUCGGUCCCCAUUGUUGAUUGAGACUUCGGCCCCCCUUUGGCUUCAACGCCAACGGCUAUGUCUUGAGCUUAUGUACAAUGGUCUCGUGAUGAGUCUCUAUCGGCCCUUCAUUACAUUCUCUAAGCAGUACUCUAUUUGUUACACAAGAACGGAAGCUCACGCAUUGGCUUGCGUCAACCACGCGAUCACACACACGUACAUUAUGCACCAAGUUAUCAUGGAAACUGACCUUUUAAACGGUUGGCACGAUGCCUUCCAAUGGCAGUGGGAGGCGACGGUAACCCUUCUCGGCUUCCUUUUUGCAUAUCCAAUCAGCUCGUCCGCUCCUACCACAAGGCGCGCCAUUUACAAGGCAGUCGAAUGUUUCGAGCAGUUCGGUAGCAAUAAUGUCGGUGUAGCACGUAACGCUGCGGAAAUCACCCGAAAUCUUAUAUCGAAAGCCGACCUUCUUCUGGAUAGGAUUUGGAUUGGAUUUAGCGAAGCUGCAGUCGCCGAGCAACCCUCAUCAGCGGACUUAACCCCACGAGAUGAUCUUACACCUAUGACCCAAGCGUGGCAUGAUAAUUCGUCUGAAAUUUGGGGGUUUCUCGACCUUGCACUAACAGUAGAUGCUUUUCACAGCUUUGAAGACUUUGUCACAGUCGUCGAAUCUUGA